AUGGAUUUUGCUGAAACCCCGAGGCAAAGCUUCUUCAUUGCUUUAAAGCAAGGAGAUCAUGACGCUCGCGAUUUCCUUCAGGCUUAUGAACAAGAUGCCGCUUUCAUUGUGAAUGCAAUGAUUAUCAAAGAAGAAGGGACCACAGCCAUUCACUAUGCCACCUCGAAGGGAUAUAAUCUCCUAGUCGACUUUGUACUAGCUCGUGCUGGAUUCUGGUCUUCCUUUCUUCUCAAUUUCCGCGAUGAUGGCGGUAAUACUCCUUUAAUGUCUGCUGUUCUAUCUUCCAAGACCAGUACAGCAGAACUUUUACUCGAAUACGGAGCUGACAGCACCAUAUGUAACAUUUUCAAUGAAACACCGCUAUGGAAGGCCAUCGAGCUACAAGAUUACAGGAUGGUAAGACUGCUGGCUGAAGUUACCAAUGAUUUUCAGUGGAGCGAGCGGUAUCUUAGCAAUAAAUCGGUACUGCGCUGGGCUGUUGAAAAUUUGCACAGUCAACCGAGAAGAUUGAUGUGUGAGCAAUUCGAAGAGCUUUUCAGGGAAUGCCAGAAUUCAAGUCAAGUUAUAGAAGGGAUGCACAAACAAUUUUCUGAAGUCGAAAUGACCAGAGAUGACGGUAGGGAGAUAUUGAUUCUAGUGUUGCAACGAUAUCUAUCACUCGGUGAUGUCGACAAUGAAUAUAUGGGAUGUAUUGGACUGGCAUGUGCGAAUGGAGAUAUGGAUACACUCGAGGCGAUGUUGAAGGCAGAGACACCACUUGAUCAACAAGUCGAAUAUUAA